CGUUGUAUUUGCAAUGCAAGCUGCAAUAUUUUAUCAUUAAGAUGGAUUUUUUCAAAAUUUUACUAAUAAUAUAUUACGGGAUACGUCUAACAGAAUCUCAAUUUAGAAUACCAGAUGAACUUAAGGAAUGUUACGUGAAUAAUAAUAUACAAGAUUUCCACCUUCCUCUGAACAUACGUGUAUUAUUAGAUAUCAUUCGUAAAGCAGAAAAAUACUUUUAUACUACAAUGGAUAUGAGAACAAUGUCAUCUUCUUUAAUGCAUAGAUUUAAACUUGAUGGCAUCAAACACUAUAAAGAUAUACAAGAAAAGGAUGGAAUAUUUCCCUUUGGAUUUGGACGACAACAUAUUAAAUAUAAACUGACAAAAGAAAUGAUACCAGGAAAACCGCAACUUUUCCCAUUUGAUACACUUACAGCAAUAGAACGAUGCACUUUACAUUUAGCUAUUUCAAAUACAAUAAUGAAAGAAAGUUUACAUGGCACAAGUAUACUAUGUCAAGAAAUCGGCCAAAAAUUGACAGAUAGAGCUUUAUUUGCUGAUCUGGAAUGCCCAAAAGAAUACGGUAUAAUCCUUACACCACACGGAACUAUUGCCCCAGGUGCUAUUAUAGCAGCUAUCGCUGCUUCUCUUCAGCAUCAAAAUGUUGAAUUAAAUCAAACAAUUAAUAUGAUGACAUCUGAAAGAAUUAACACUAUAUCAGAUAAUGUGAAUCAUUUUGAAGAAAUUGACUUUAUUGUGCCAAGAAAUGAAAUGAUUCACAAUAGAUCAAUGUCAUAUCUUCUUUUGCUUAAUUUGACUAUAAAAUUAGACAAUAUAUGGCUAGCAACAAUAGCAGGCGAAUUAGCGGAAAUGGUAGUAUAUCAAGGACCUAUAUUAAACUCUGAUAUGGAGCUUGGAGCUACCGGAUUUUGGAAUAAUACUAUGCGUCCUAAUGUUUAUUAUUUAAAUAAUAAUAAUGGCUAUUUUGAUGCCACUCGUGCUGAGAUAGUCGGUGACAUUGAUGGUCUCAUCAUAGCAAAUAAGAUGCAAACUUGGGUGGACAACUUUAACAGUCUUCGUUUGAGUCAAAUUCUUGAUAUGUAUUAUUCAGAGGAAGGUAUAACUCUAUUUGAUGAAAAUAUUAAAGUUUGUGAUAGAAAGAGGGCUUUCUCGUAUGCUGUACCAAAGACAUUUUUGAAUGAACAGACAUAUGCUGCAUCUUACCUCUUGGCCCAUCAUAAUGGUAUUAUGUUUAAAUCUCCAGAAGCUCUUAAACGAUUGGUUGAUUACGCGGUUACCAAAUUCCAUAUUUAUGCAAAAGAACAUUUCUUGACAGAAUUAUUUUGUCGAAAUGGGAAACAUUAUCCGCAAGUAGAAGUAUUGAUCGUAUUUGAUGGUUCUUGGACUAAGGAAUAUACAAUGAAUUUUAUUGCAACAUUAAUAGAUGACUUAGAUAUAUCAAUGUAUGGUUCAAAAAUGGGAAUUCUGCAUGCUACAUCAGGACAAUGGUUGCUUAAUAUGACAAAUAGUCCUAGUCUUGCUUAUCACGCUGUAUCUAAUUUUACAAAGAUUUCAUGGCCCACGCAUUUGGAUUUUGGUACAAUAUUGAAUACAGUAUUUAUUUAUUUGAAUGAAACUUGGCAGACAAAAUGGCAGCAACAUACAAUAGGAAAUCUUGGUCAAGUGAUGCUAAUAUUGGCUCCAUUAACUCAUCUGUUUUCAGAAACGGAACAACAGAUUAUUUUGAAAUUAUUACGAGAAAUUAAGCAUCUUUAUCCUGAUCUGCACUUUUUAUAUUAUGUAUCAGAACAAAAUUCUGAUUUUUUUCAACCAUUUAUAUUAUCAGAGCAAGAUCGUUCAAUACGUGGUCCUAAUAUCGAUGCUAUUAUACAAUAUUUGUCAACAAUACCACGAAUUCUGAGGCCGAUAGUUAUGUCGAAUUUUGCGAAUGAAUCCUCAGAGCUUAAAGAUGAAAUAGAGGAUUACAUAAGUCCUUCAAAAUCAAUUACAUAUAGAUUGCAUCCACAGUACAUAAUUAAUGCAAAGAAGAUUACAAUUACAGUUCAUAACUUUGGAUAUGGAAUGAUAAAAGCUUGUUCUUGGAAUCGAUUCGAUGAAGAACAGAUAUGUCAGCAAAUUGAUGUACACAAAGACGUUAGUAUAAUUGACGACUUUAAAUGUAUCAAUUCACGCUGUCCUUACAUAUAUCUUCGUAUACAAAAUGCCACUUCCCUUAAUAAAUGUGCAGAAAUGGAAUGUAGGGCACCAAAUCAAGUAAGAUAUAUCAUAAGAAUGCAAAAUACGUAUUAUGAAAACUCGUCAAAAAGAGGUUUAUUUAUAAAUGUAUUUAUAAUAGUUUAUUUACAACUAAUUAUAUUUAAUAUGUAAGGAUUUGUUCUUGUAAUAAAUUUAAUGUAA